GUUGCUGACGGUUAGAAGCAUGCUUUCCGCUGCACUUCCCGACACCGCUUCUGUGCAGGAUGUCUCUGAGUGAGAACGCGGUGUUUGCCUACGAGUCUUCAGUGCACAGCACCAACGUCUUGCUCAGCCUCAAUGAGCAGCGGAAGAAGGAUGUGCUGUGCGAUGCCACUGUCUUCGUGGAGGGCCAGCGCUUCCGUGCCCACCGCUCGGUGCUGGCAGCGUGCAGCAGUUACUUCCAUUCGAGAAUCGUAGGCCAGGCUGACGCGGAGCUUAAUAUCACUCUUCCGGAAGAGGUGACAGUUAAAGGAUUUGAACCUUUAAUUCAGUUUGCCUAUACUGCUAAACUCAUUUUAAGUAAAGACAAUGUGGAUGAAGUAUGCAAGUGUGUGGAAUUUUUAAGCGUACACAAUAUUGAGGAAUCCUGCUUUCAGUUUCUCAAGUACAAGUUUUUAGACUCCACUGCAGACCAGCAGGAAUGCCCAAGAAAAAAGUGCUUUCCAUCACAUUGUCAGAAAACAGACCUUAAGUUUUCACUUUCAGACCAGAAGGAUCUAGAGAUUGAUGAAGUUGAGGAAUUUCUAGAAGAUAAAAAUGUUCAGACUCCUCAUUGUAAACUCCAGAGGUAUCAAGAAAAUGUAAAAACAUCACCUCCCCUACAAGACAGCGCCAGCCAAACGUGUGAAUCCAUGUGCAUGGAGAAGAAUGCUGCUCUGGCUUUGCCGUCUUUAUGCCCCAAAUACAGAAAGUUCCAAAAGGCAUUUGGAACUGACAGAGGCCGCGCUGUGGAAUCCGGCAUCAAAGAUGUUCAGGCUUCUUCUGUUCAGUCAAGUGAGACAUCUGAAAAUGAAUGUUUGGGGAGCGUCCAGGAUUGUGCAGAUUUGCAGGUGAUUCUGAAAUGUGAAGAAAGUAAGUUGCCAGUGGAAGAGACAGCAAAGAAGAAAGAGCCUGCUUUUCAGGUUUCAACAGAAAAAGCAGAAGGGACUGCUUUCCCCCACAGUUCUGCAGACCCGCACGGGCUCUACUCUCUGUCUCUUUUACACACGUAUGACCAAUACAGCGACUUGAGUUUUGCUGGUAUGCAGGGCGCAGCAGUGAAAACAGAAAAACCUUUGUCAGGUACAGGUGUUCCAGAAGAGAAAGCAUUUGCUGAAAGUCAAGAUUUACCUUUGAAAGAUGACUCAGGCCCCAAGGAAGACGGCAGCCUUGCAUCCAGCGAUCGGAGUAGCGUGGAGCGAGAAGUAGCAGAGCACCUAGCAAAAGGCUUCUGGAGUGACAUCUGCAGCACGGAUUCCCCUUGCCAAAUGCAGUUAUCACCUGCUGUGGCCAAAGAUGGCUCAGAACAGAUCUACUCUCAGAAACGGUCUGAGUGUCCCUGGUUAGGUAUCAGGAUCAGUGAGAGCCCAGAGCCUGGUCAGAGGACUUUUACAACGUUAAGUUCUGUCAACUGCCCUUUUAUGAGCACUCUGAGUACCGAAGGGUGUCCAAGCAAUUUGGAAAUCGGAAACGACAGUUACGUUUCAGAGCAGCAGGAACCUUGUCCGUAUGCUUGUGUGAUUAGCUUGGGCGAUGACUCAGAGACAGACACAGAAGGCGACAGUGAAUCCUGCUCAGCCAGAGAACAGGAAUGUGAGGUAAAACUGCCAUUUAAUGCACAACGAAUAAUUUCACUGUCUCGGAAUGAUUUUCAAUCCUUGUUAAAAAUGCACAAACUGACUCCUGAACAACUGGAUUGCAUCCAUGACAUUCGCAGAAGAAGUAAAAACAGAAUUGCUGCACAGCGCUGUCGAAAGAGAAAACUCGACUGCAUCCAGAAUCUCGAAUCAGAAAUUGAGAAGCUGCAAAAUGAAAAGGAGAACUUGUUAAAAGAGAGAGAUCACAUUUUGUCAACUUUGGGUGAGACAAAGCAGAACCUGACCGGGCUUUGCCAGCAAGUCUGUGAAGAAGCGGCUCUGAGUCAAGAACAAAUACAGAUUCUUGCCAAGUACUCAGCCUCAGACUGCCCACUCUCAUUUUUAAUUUCUGAGAAAGGAAAAAGUACUUCUGAUGGUGAACUUCUGUUACGAUCAAUUUUCAGUUUAUCAGAUUGGCCUCCAGCUGCACCGUCCCCUGGUGGGAGAGGGGGCUGUGAGCCCGGCUGCACGGCGGGGCAGGAGGCGCAGCCAGCUCCUGCGGCCGUCUCGGAGCCAGCGGGGCCCGUGGAGCAGUGUCGCCAGAGUGGUGGGAUCUCAGAUUUCUGUCAGCAGAUGACUGAUAAAUGUACUACUGAUGAGUAAGCUUGCUUUCCCUCCUUCAGCCCUUGGACUUCCUACUGAAGUGUGGGCAUUGUCUUGAAAGCCCAGUACAGUCGUCUCUUGCUUUAAAAUCUUCUUUUCCCCUCAUAGCUUUUCUUUCAAGCGGGGGGAUCUCUCUUCAGUCAACCCUGAUUUCCACAAAAGACACAUAAAUCAUUGGUCUCCUGAGUUUUGCAAAACCACAUGUGAAAAGGUAGUAAGCCCUUAAAACUUACAUUUUAGAAAAUAACUCAAUAGUAGUUUCCAAGUAUUCAGAAUAAUUAUGAGAAAGAAAACUGCAGCAUAGCAAACCCAGUUCACCAGCUUGAAGCAUCUGCAGAGACCUUUGGCAGUGUACUGGAUAGCAGAUGCUAGUAGAGGUCUGGUCUGCUCAGAAACGGUGUCAGCGGUGGGAGGGAGAGCUGCAGUGUGAAAAAGAAAUCAUCUUAGCCGAGUACCUGAGUCCUAGAGCUCUGCUCUUCUGCUCCUCCUAAAACCAGAUGUGGGUUGGACUUCGCUGUGAUUCCUCAGCUACACUGGGAGAACUUGGUGAACGAGUAGGUGGCUGGCCUAAGGUGGAGGCUUUUCUCCUCCUCAGUAUUGACCUAGAAUGUGACCCUAGAAUUUCUGUCUGCAUAAACAGCAGACACAUGUCAUUCUCCCCCUGGCUCUUUUUUUUUAAAGUUCUCUCGUCAGUCUAUCACAUCUGGGCCCAUCGUGAACUUGCUGUUUCCUUACAUUCUUAACUCUUGGAAGAAGUCACAGGACUCUGGUGCAGUGCUGUUGAAUGAUCCGGCAGCGUUGUCAGGGGUGGCGCAGCAUACAAGGCUCUUUCCUUUUGCAUGGUGGGUCACCAGUGCGAGAAAAGCAGACAUUAAUGCAAAGAAAAUUGCCUGGGUUUACGAGGAGCACAGUUCAUUUUUAUCCUGUUUUUGAAGUCUUGUGGAAUGCUUGUAAAGACCAUUGUUACAGAAAAACUGUGUCUACUGUGACUGCAGGUUUGUGAGAAAAAAUGGAAGUUGAUCUGGUACCAUUUGGGAACCAGAUUUUAAUCCUUUCUUUAGUGUGGUGUAAAGGCACAUAAAUCAUUUCAACUUGGGCAUUUAAAAAUCAUUCUUCGUAUUUAUUUGAUCCUGUUAAAAAUGUGUUUGUAAUUUAAGCACCUGCCCCAUAAUGUAAUGAUUCUUAGCCAAUGUGGAAUCAUAGAUUUGAGAUUAAAAUGAAAGCUAUAGAACCGCACAAUUAAAACAGAAAAUACAUAAAGGUUCUGCAUCCCUAAUCAUGACGUCUGAAAUGCUUCAAAGUCCAAAACUUUUGAAUUCUGACCUGAUGCCCAAAUUACCUGACCUCAUAGGACAAAUUGCAGUCAAAACUCACACACAAACUAUUCUUUUUAAGGUUGCUUUAGGCUGUGUAAAGUGUAUAAGAAACAUAGAUGAAUUUCAAGGUUAGGCUUGGGAUCCAUCCCCAUAAUAUCUUAUUCUAUAAGUAACAAAUACUCAAAAAUCUGAAAAUCUGAAACUUUUGGUCUGAAGCAUUUCAGAUAAGGGGCACUUAACCUGCAUUCAUGGAAACAUUUGCAGAGCCCAGUUUUGGGGGGUACAGAGGGGUAGUUUAUAGUAUUUGGAAUGGAACUGAACUCAGAGACCUGAAGAGCUACUCCUCUAGACUGCUGCUGAGUCCGUUCAAGAUCCUGGGUGACUGGCGGAGGUGGGGGGCAUCCACCCAUUGUGUACAGAUGCGUCAGAAACAAAUAGACUGUUGCUUUGAGUGUACGGGGACCAGUUUCAAUGUUCCAGAGGGACUUGUCCAACAUUACUCUUUUUCAUCAGGGUGUGGGGCAGGGUGGGAGUGGAUUUGCUAAUAUAUUUUCAGUGUAUGUAUUAUUGUCUCUGUUACUGACUUAAUCAGAAGAGAAAAUUGGUAUUACUUUCUAGAGGCUUCCAGGAGUACUUUUGAUUUGUCAGGGAGAAUGAUCUUUCUGUGAGAAUGUGUCCCAUGCUACAAAAUAAUUAUGUGUACCUAUAUAUCUCCCCAUGUGGCUGUUUCCUUGAUACUUGUAAUUUUAAAUUUCAACUUCACAAUAUAAAAUAAUAUAAAGACUUCUCUGGUUUACAAAAUGUAAAAUCUUCAAGCCAAUGGAACCCUUGAUUUCCUACCUCAGUGUACACUCGACUGUCAGUCAUCAGUUUGUGUAUGUGCAAAUGUCAAGUAAUUUUUUUGCUUUAAUUGAAACUAUAAAUAUUUGCUUUGAAAAAUUAGUAUUUUAUGCUAAAAACUAGUCUGCACAGUUUAUAAUUUUUAAAGUACCUGUUUUAUAUUUCUAUCUGUAAGCAGUUUAGCAUUGAGGAUUAUUUUAAUGGUGUGUGAUAAUUGGCCACAUGUAAUAUUUCUUAAAACUUAGCAUUACUUUUAGUAGCCAGCAUGUAAUACAAGUAUAACUACACUACCUCAUACCUACAUGAUUUUCAAGUUGUAAUAUAGACAAAAAAGAUUUUAUCUUUGUCUUUUGGCCAUAAGGUGGGGAAGUUUUCUAUAUACUGCAUAGCAUUACGCAUUUAUGCCUAUUUUAACAUUAACCUCUGAAGAAGUUUUUUCUAAGACAAUUUGUUUCCAGACAAUAUUUUUUUGAGGCUGCCGAAGACAAGUGAUAGGAUUGUGUAUACAGUGUAUGCCUUUUCCGUCAUGCAGACUUUGGAAUUGUUUGCAGUUUGUAUAUUGCAUAUGUACAUGAUCAUUGUUCCUUGUUUUAUGAACUGGUCUUCUCAAAGCUUGAUCAAAGUUUUUAAAAAGGUGUUAUGUAAAAUAAUAUUACCAAAAAUUUUACUUCUUAUUUGAUUACUAUAGCUAUAGCAAUUUGUUAAAUUGUUAUAUGUAAAACAAAUGUGAAUAUAAUAUUGGCUCUCCGUCUGUAAGUUUUGUAACAAUUUACUACAGCUUAAUGCUCAACCGGUUUUUAAUAAGGAGUUAAAUGUAGUUACCACAGUAGAUGAUACAGAUUGUGUGUGGACACUCAGCCACAUUAACAACUUGGAAAAGAAAGGCAGAUGUUAUCAUGAAUUCUCAGGUGAACUUUUUUCAGUUAUGAAACAUCUAUUUUGAAUUUGUAAAUAUUUUAAAUGUUUUAUUAAGGCAUGUAAUAAACUAUUCUUUGAAACCUGUUGGGUAAAAUGAAAAUUUAAAGCCAAAUGGUAAAAGAUGGCAUACUGAUUGUAAAAAUAAACAGAAAUAAUAACAUUAUGGAUUUUUUGUAUCUUUCAUAAUAUAAUUUUCUAACAAUACGAUAAAACCACUAAACUUGUAUAUCCAUGUCUUAUUAAAACCAUGUUUCAUUAAAAGUACACUUUUGUGGUUUUUGAUUUACAUGUUCUUAAUGUGCUAAUUAAAUGUAGCAAAACGAUAAGGUGUUUUUAAUUGACAAUAAAAUCCUCUAAAAUUGUUUCUACUUGAA